AUUUCCGAUAGCCCUUGAAGGCAUCAUACUACAGUUGACUUCUUCCGCGUUUACCUGCAGCUGGAGUCUCCUAAAUGGGCGUUUGUUGCAGAAUUGAACAAGUUCACAAACAGAGCUGCAUAUUUGUGUAGGUAGGAAGAAAGAAAGAAAAGGGAAAAGCAAACGGGAAAUGAGCUGAAACAAGUGCACUUCAAGUUUUGUUUUCGUGAAAGUUAGCUCAAGUUGUUCACAAUGGGAUGUUGCAACAGCACCGAGAGCAAACGUGACUGGAAACCGCUGAAAGAGCGCAGCUGCACGGACAUCCCAUGGCUCAUCAUAUUCCUGUUGUUUUGUAUUGGGAUGGUGUGCAUUUGUGCCUUUCCCAUCGCCACAGGAGCCACCUCCAGGCUCAUCUCUGGAUAUGACAGUUAUGGCAACACCUGUGGCAAGAAUAACACCAAGAUCGAGGGAGUGCCCCUCAGUGGCCGGGACAUGAAGGAAAACAAGUAUGUUUUCUUUUUAGAACCAUGCAACCUUGACUUAAUUAACAGGAAGAUCAAGUCCGUUGCCCUGUGUGUCUCCAAAUGUCCCGCUUCUGAACUGAAGACUCUCAGUGAUUUAAAGCAGUUUGCUCUAAAUAACGGAUCUCAUCUCUGCUCCUACGAUAUUUCUCCUACAAGAUACACGAGUCAUUCAGAGAGAUCCACGAAAUGUCCCAAACUCCCUGUUCCUCCAAGUAAGUCUGUCCCACUACUCCGCCGCUGCGUUCCUGUGGAUAUCGGCUGCUAUGCUGAAUUCGCCCAGGCCUUCAUUACAUUCGUCAGUGACAACAGUGUGCUGCGCCGCGUCAUCGCCGGGGUGAUGGCCAGCAAGGAGAUCAUAAUGGGCCUUUGUGUGCUGGCUUUAGUGCUGUCCCUGAUCAUGAUGGUCGUCAUUCGUUACAUCUCUAAAGUACUGGUGUGGAUUCUGACGGUCCUGGUAAUCAUCGGCUCUAUCGGUGGGACCGGUGUCCUCUGGUGGCUCUAUGCGGACCACAGGAAAGCCCUUGAUAAUAAUGCCUUAUCGGUGUUUGGGAAAGAAGUGGCCUCGGACAAUGUUAAGGCACUGCUUGUGUAUGCAAUUGUUGCUACAAUUUUCACGGUGGUUCUCCUGCUUGUGAUGUUCUUCAUGAGGAAGCGCGUGGCUCUCACCAUCUCCCUGUUCCAUGUGGCUGGUAAGGUGUUUAUCCACCUUCCCCUGCUGGCCCUGCAGCCUUUCUGGACCUUCAUCUGCCUCAUGCUCUUCUGGGUCUACUGGAUCACUGUGCUUCUCUCUCUCGGGAUUUCAGGGACACCAGUAAAAAACAACUCGACGGGUGUUGUUGAAUAUCAAAUGCAAGGGCCUCUUCAGUACAUGGUGUGGUAUCACGCUGUGGGUCUCAUCUGGAUCAAUGAGUUCAUACUGGCCUUCCAGCAGAUGACCAUCGCCGGAGCUGUGGUCACCUACUACUUCACAAGGAACAAGUCCCAGUUGCCAAUAACUCCCAUCCUCUCCUCCAUGGCACGUACCAUCCGCUACCAUCUUGGUACUCUGGCCAAAGGCUCCUUCAUCAUCACGCUUGUUAAGAUCCCUCGUCUCAUCCUAAUGUAUGUCCACAGCCAGCUCAAAGGAAAGGAGAACGCGUGUGCUCGUUGCAUGCUGAAAGCUUGCGUCUGCUGUCUGUGGUGUCUUGAGAAGUGCCUUGCAUACUUAAAUCAAAACGCUUACACUGCGACGGCCAUUAACAGCACCAGUUUCUGCACCUCUGCCCGUGACGCUUUCCUGAUCCUGGUGGAGAAUGCCCUCCGAGUGGCCGCCAUCAACACUGUGGGCGACUUUGUCCUCUUCUUGGCAAAGGUGCUUGUCGUUUCCUGUACGGCUUUCGCCGGCGUCCUGGCCCUGAACUACCAGAGGGACUACACCGUGUGGGUGCUGCCGCUCCUCAUUGUCUGUCUGUUUGCCUUCUUGGUGGCUCACACUUUUCUUUCGGUCUUUGAGAAUGUGGUUGACGUUCUCUUCCUCUGCUUCGCUGUGGACACAAAGUACAACGAUGGCAGCCCUGGACACGAGUACUACAUGGACAAGGCCUUAAUGGAAUUUGUUGAGAACAGUAAGAAAAUGGGUUGGUACAAGCCCGGUGAUGGAGAUGGACGGGAGAUGAAGUCCAUGGCAGGUGAAGGGACUUCUGCUUGACCGAGUGCCAGAAAGACCAAAACCACUAAAAAGACACAUUCAGAGCUUUCUAGCAUUUCACUCCAGGGACGUUAUAAAGAUAACAAUGCUUUUUAUACUGACGCUACAGAGAGUUUCAACAAGAGAGAGUUGUAUUUUUUUAUUUUUGAGUAAGAGUGACCUUAAAUUUAAAGUUUGACACUAAUAGCUGUAAUAGGGCAAACGCUUAUUUGGGUGUGUUUUGAUACUAAUUAGAUGGGUUUGCUUCAUUUUUACUUUUUAUUUCAGUUUUAAAUAAUAUGAAUGAUUUGACAUGGUUUAACAUGUUUGGUUAUCUUUGUUACAUAAUUAGUGUUAACUAUAGUUUGAAUGGUUUUGUGUACAUUUUGAAAUGUGUGGCUAACUGUGUUUUGUCAAAGGUUGUUGAAGUUGUUUUAUUACUUUUCAAAUUUUAUACUCAAAUAAAUUAAAACACAAAGUUG